AUGUACCCUCAGCGAUACUUGAGCCUUUUGGCUCUGGCUCUCAGCCUCCCUCUAGCUGCCCUAGCUGCUCCUGCUCACCAGCCAUUCGUUCCUGGUUCCAGCGCAAACGUAUACUCGUCCUCGACCCAAUUUGCGCCUCUCACCGCAAACCCCGAUCUGGAGACCAUCCCCGGCUCCUACAUGGUCGUUCUCAAGGACGGAAUCAGCUCCACCGACUUCUUCGCUCACCAGAGCCUCAUCUCGUCCGCACAGCUCUCUGCAAACAGCUUCCACGGCCAAGACGCUCAGGGCAUCCGCCACGUCUACGACCUUGAGGGCCACCUUCAGGGCUACGCAGGCAAGUUUACCGAUGAUGUCCUCGACUACAUCCGAGCUCAGCCUGAGGUAGAGUACGUCGAGAUGGACACGCUCGUCUCUGUCGAGGUCAUGCCUCAGCACGAGGACAAGGUUUGGGAUGUUGAGUACGACGACAACCUUGCCGUCGUCGCUCACGCCGCCCACAACAAAGCCAAGGUCGGCGCCAAGGACAUCGAGAAAGGUGCCCCCUGGGGUCUCGCCCGCAUCUCGCAUCGCAAGCGUCUCGGUCUCAGCACCUUCAACAAGUACGUCUACCAGGGCGACGGUGGUGAGGGUGUCACUGCCUACGUCAUCGACACGGGUAUCAACAUCAACCACGUCGAGUUUGAGGGCCGUGCCCGCUGGGGUAAGACCAUGCCCCAGAACGACGUCGACGAGGAUGGCAACGGCCACGGCACCCACUGCGCUGGUACUAUCGGCUCGCGCAAGUACGGUGUCGCCAAGAAGGCUGAGCUCGUCGCCGUCAAGGUUCUCGGCUCGGGCGGCUCGGGCUCCAUGUCGGAUGUCACUGGCGGUGUCCUCUGGGCCGUCGAGGAUGCCAAGAAGCUCACUGCUCAAUUCCGCGCCAACCCGCAAUCCGUUGCUGCCAAGAAGCACAAGGGCUUCGUUGCCAACAUGUCGCUUGGCGGUGGCAAGUCGCCCACGCUCGACAAGGCGGUCAACGGGGCCGUCACCAGCGGUAUGCACUUUGGUGUGGCCGCUGGUAACGAGAACCAGGACGCCUGCAACGUCUCGCCCGCCGGGGCUAGCAACCCCGUCACCGUCGGCGCUUCCACCGUCCAGGAUGAGCGCGCCUACUUCUCCAACAAGGGCAAGUGUGUCGACAUCUUUGCCCCUGGUCUCAACAUCCUCUCCACUUGGAACACGGGCAACACCUCGGUCAACACCAUCUCGGGUACUUCCAUGGCCAGCCCUCACAUUGUUGGUCUUCUUGCCUACCUUCUCUCUAUAUACGGCACUGACGACUUCAAUCUGCUGACCGCCGAUGCCCAGCAGCUUUCGGUCAUCGACGUCGAGGACUCGCUCGCUUCCAAGCUUUCAAGUGUGAUGCCCAUCCCCGCCAUGGCUCUUGACCUUGUCAGCAGCGUGGCAAGCUACUUUGCCGGCGGCGAUGCCACUGUCAAGUCGGACAUUGUCGGUGUCCUCACUCCCGCCGAGCUCAAGAAGGCGCUCAUCAAGCUUGCCUCGCCCGGCGUCUUGACCGGGCUCGACUCUGACACUGUCAACAAGCUCGCUUUCAACAACGCCACCGCGACCGCUUGA